UUAAACCUUCCCGUAACGAUGAACGGCGAAGUCUUCUUACACGCGGUCGCAACCACCGCCACCGCCACCACUAACUUUUCUCUUCCCAAGCCCGAAACGGCGUCGUCGGAGUCGCUCGAAGGAAUCGCCGCGGUGGUGGGAGAACGCGUCCUCUUCGGUCCCCCGCACCGCGCAACAACGCCGGAGCCGAAGAAGAGCGGCGGCGCGCCGGCGAGCAAGAGCUACCGAGGAGUGAGGAAGAGGCCGUGGGGGCGGUGGUCGGCGGAGAUCCGCGACCGUAUCGGGCGGUGCCGGCACUGGCUGGGGACGUUCGACACGGCGGAGGAGGCGGCGCGUGCGUACGACGCGGCGGCGCGGCGACUGAGAGGCGCGAAGGCGCGUACGAACUUCAAGAUUCCGUCGGUGUUGCCGCUAUUGGCUUCGGAAGGGGUUAGUGGUGGUUCCGUGAAGGCGAAAAGUGGUCGCAGUAACGCGAGGAAGUGUUCCUCUGUGGAACAAUUGUUCAGUGUGGUGCCUCAGCUUCAAAGAGAUAAUAACAACAAUGGUGUUGUUGAGAAUGGGAGUGUGGAGGUUGAUUUGAAGCUUGGUGUGAAUGUUAACUUUGGCGUUACGAGUGCUAGAAUGGUGGUUUAGGUUAUAUAGUGUAAUAUAUGUAAACAUGUUACUUCUCACCUGAAGCUAGUGCUUUCUUUUUGUUUUAGUGGGCUUUGGUGGUGCAUCAAUGUUUUCACUAAACCUGGAAGAAUUAUAUAUGUACUUGAAUGAGUGAGUUAAGGGCUUUGUCUUGAAUGAACUAUGCAGUAUGCUUGAA